CCCGGGGGGCAUCCUUAUCGAUAGUCGGCAGAAAAAAAAGACCCCCACCAUCCCAGCCCGCUUCGUUUUUCACUUUUUAGUGUGACUCUCUCACUAUCUCUCUUUCUUCAGUCAUUGCUCUUGACACGGUCGUGCUCUGGAAGUAGGCACAAUUCGUGGUGGUCUUUUGACCUUCGAGAAUCAUAGCAUGAGUCUAUGAAUGUUCAUUUGCUGCAAUCUGUCAAUAUCAUCUAGCAAUUUGUCAAUGUGAAGCGCCUGUUCUAUUCCCUUCUGCUUAACAAUCAUCCAUACCUGAAACCACCCCGCCUUUGCGGAAACCAUUGCUCAUCACAGGAUCCCCACGCCAAAUCUUCCUUGCGGGCACAAUUUUGCACCUUAACAAUCAUCAUGGCUGACACUACAAACUCCCUUCCUGCGUCCUUGAACACAGCUUUCGACGAGACCUCAUCGUUGCGGGACCGGUACGACCCCAUCUCGCUUGCCGACGCCGAGAUCAUCCCCAUCUUGCAGCUGCCGCUUGCGAAGGAGAUUUUUGGACACAAUGCAGAGGAGGGGGCUCUCGACCGCAUCGCCAAGGGCGAGGUAUCCUACACUAGCUUUCUGGCUGAGAGAGUACAGGCGGUGUCGCAAUCGCCAGUGGAGGGGUUGACCUCCGAACAACAGCGCUCGCAGCUGCUUCACAUUGCGCUGGCUGCUCUCUUUGGGUUCCUGCAGUCUAACGUCACUGGACCUCCCUUGACCUACAGCCCAGCAGACACCAUCAUCCCCGCUGCUUUGCGGCCCGACGCAGCCAGCCUCCGAGCCGUUCGUGCCCAUGUCAUCCGCAACCUCUCCGUCGAUGGCGAGGCAGCAUACAAGCUGACCCCCAACGUCGAGCUGUUUGCUGUCGCCAAGGCCAUCCUGGCUGAUAACGAUGUAUUGGUGACUAACGGUCCGCUGGUGGCCAACGUAGCCAGGCUCCGCGUCAAUUUCCUUCACCAGAAGAUGCUAUCGGAGGUCACUGGCACCUUACAGGAUGUGAUUUACAACGAGCUCGGAGCUCUCAGCAAGAUUGUCUUGAGUGCGCAGUGUACUCCGGACGAGAAGGGAAGAUUCCUGCUUGAGAGAGCUACCAUCCACAUAGUCCACGGCUUUGAUGCCAAGGCCCGCGCGGACCUCGACCAGGCUGCCAAAGAACGGAAGUUUGAGUUUGCCCUGACUGGUAAGCUGGGUAAGAGAACCAAGUUCCAGGAACGAGACGUCAGUCAGCUUGUUAUUCUGGCUAAGAGCGCCGACACCUCCGAGAACAACAAGGGGAGCGAGAACGUCUCCGGCCCCAAGAACCUUGAUCUCAACGAUGAUACGCUUUUGGAAUCUAUCUCAUUCGCCAAGCCCGACGGACAAGACGCUCAGGGGAAGUCGGUGACCGUGCAGGACGAAGCUUCACUCCCGCCGGCAUUAGCUGCCCUGGACCCGGGCGACCAGCCUAAGCUCGAACCCGUCGACUCUGCUAUUCUUCUCGCCUUGGCAUCUGCUAUCACUAAUACCGCGCCCGAGAACGGCAUCACCCGCGAAGAGACGGCGCCCUAUGCUACCCGGGUCUUGGAGGGUGGCAGCUCGAACUGGCAGAUCUACACUCAGGGUCUGUUGGUUCGUAGUCGUGUCGAAGGUCAUAGGUCUAGAACCGUUGAAAGAUCGGUGCUGCAGAUGCAAGCUCUAGUUGACCAGGUUAUCGCGGAUACCGCUACAUCUGAUGAGCAAGCCGGCAUCUCCGUCGAGGAACCCACAACCUUCCUGCCGCGCCCCGAGAAAUCCGAGUCCGCAUCCGCAGCGGAAAGAUUGCAAUACGUAUGGCUCAUGAACUUCUCCACGCGCUGGGAUCUCGAGGCCGAGCUUGCCACUCGGUGGGUCAACCUUGGAGGUCUGCGGACCGCACUCGACAUCUACGAGCGACUUCAGAUGUGGGCCGAGGCUGCACUCUGCUACGCCGCGACAGAGAGAGAGGACAAAGCCAGACAGAUGGUCCGCAAGCAGCUCUACCAACCGACGGGUCAGGACCCCGAGGAUGACAGCGAGAAGUUCGAAGGACCAGAGCUGUCUCCGCUGCCGGCCGAAGCCCCUCGCCUCUUUUGCAUCCUGGGUGACAUCGACACCGACGCUGCCAUGUACGAACGUGCCUGGGAGGUGUCGAACCAGAGAUACGCUCGUGCCCAGCGGUCGCUGGCCCGCCACUAUCUCACCCUCAAACCCCCUGCCCUAGAGAAGGCGGAAGAAGCCUACCGCAAGAGUUUGGACAUCAACCGUCUCAACCACAGCGCCUGGUUUGCUCUGGGCUGUGUGCAGCUCGAACUCCACAAAUGGGAUGACGCCAUCUUCUCCUUUACCCGGACCGUGCAGCUCGAGGACACCGACGCCGAAGGCUGGAGUAACCUGGCCGCCGCCAUCCUCCGCUCCCCCAAGCCCGACGAAGAUACCCCCGUCAUCUCCGAACAGCAACCGGCCGAACCCAAGCCCAAGGCUCCUCUCGCCGACGACGAAGAGGAAGCAUCUGACGACGACGCUCCAGCGCCGGAGGACCCUUACAAACGCAAGCGCGAGGCCCUGUCCGCUCUCCACCGCGCCGCCUCCCUCAAGCACACCGACGCACGCAUCUGGGAUAACGUGCUCACCGUUGCCGCUUCGAUUCCCCCGCCAUUUACCCCCUUCCGGGACGUCGUUACCGCGCAACGGCGCCUUAUCGAGCUGGUCGGUUCCAAGAAGGGCGAGAAGUGCAUCGAUAUGCCCAUUCUCGGUAUGCUGGUCGACCACUUGAUCAGUGCGUACGAUUACCAGGAUCUGCUCAUUCGCGUGGAUAACAGCCCUUCGGGUGAGCAGGUCGUCCGCUCCGGUACCAUCGCGGGUCAAAUCCUCUCGCUGAUGGAUCAGGCGGUUGUACCGCUGAUCACGCACUCGGCGCCCAUGUGGCUGCUGGUGGCCGAAGUGGAGGCAUGGCGCGGGCAGCCGUCCAAGGCGUUUGAGGCGCAUGAAAAGGCUUGGCGCGCGACGGUCGCCUCGUCGACCCAGGGUGCCUUCCAGAUGGGGGAUGAGAAGAAGUGGUUGGAAGUCGUCCGCGCGACGGAGCGGUUGGUCCGCGAUGGAUACGCCCGGUAUGGACCUAUGGACAAGGAAGGGCAGGAGGGGGUUCCGGAGGGUGAGGCUGAGCUGGUGGCCAAGGAUUGGAGAUUCAAGGCCCGUAGUGCGGUACGUGGUAUCCUCGGCAAGGGCAAGGAGUUCUGGGAAGAUUCCGAGGGAUGGGAGCGUCUGAAGGCUCUGCAGUCUGAGGCGGGAAGUGCAUAGAUCUGUUUCUCAAAGUGCAUAUACUAUAUAUAUAGAGAGUGUUUUGUAGUCAUCAGUUUAUUCCA